AUGGCGCAGCGAACGUCGGCGACCCUGGCGCUGGGCGGCUUGGCCGGUGGGCUGGCAUACUUGAGCUCGGGCAGCCAGGCCUUUGCAGCUGCGCCGGCGACUUCGAACCUCCGCCAGCAGCGUGCGGCCCAUGCCGCUCAGGCGCCUGCAUCCUCGGCUUCCACAUCUCUGCCAGCCAUGAUGGCUGGUGGCGCGGUUCUCGCCGCUGCUGCUGCAUCUGGACGCACCAGCCGCUCGCAUGGCAGCACGCCCCUCCCAACCACCGUGCCAGUGAGGAAAUCGGCAACGGCCCGCAAGGCCCUGGACCAGUCCAGCCGUUACGCCGACCUGUCGCUGGAUGAGGCCACGCUCAUCAAGAACGGCAAGCACGUGCUGGUGGCGUACAUCAUGAAGCCGAAGGCAGGAUACGACUACCUUGCUACCGCGGCACACUUUGCCGCCGAGUCCUCUACGGGCACCAACGUGAAUGUGUGCACCACGGACGACUUUACCAAGUCCGUGGAUGCUCUGGUGUACUACAUCGACCCCGACAGCGAGGAGAUGAAGAUCGCCUACCCAAAUCUGUUGUUCGACCGCAACAUCAUCGAUGGCCGCGCCAUGAUGUGCUCCUUCCUGACCCUAUCCAUCGGCAACAACCAGGGCAUGGGCGACGUCGAGUACGGCAAGAUCUACGACUUCUACUUGCCGCCUGAGUUCCUCCGCCUGUACGACGGCCCGGCCGUGAACGUGGAAGACAUGUGGCGCAUCCUGGGCAAGGGCACCAGCAACGGUGGCCUCGUGGUGGGCACCAUCAUCAAGCCCAAGCUCGGCCUGCAGCCCAAGCCAUUCGGCGAGGCCUGCUACGCGUUCUGGCAGGGUGGCGACUUCAUCAAGAACGAUGAGCCCCAGGGCAACCAGGUGUUCUGCCAGAUGAACGAGGUCAUCCCAGAGGUUGUGAAGGCCAUGAGGGCCUGCAUCAAGGAGACCGGGGUGGGUAAGCUGUUCUCUGCCAACAUCACGGCGGAUGAUCCCAACGAGAUGAUCGCCCGCGGCAAGUACUGUCUGUCCCAGUUCGGUCCUUUGUCCGAGAAUUGCGCAUUCUUGGUGGACGGAUACGUUGCGGGAGGCACGGCCGUGACCUGCGCCCGCCGCAACUUCCCAGGACAGUUCCUGCACUACCACCGUGCCGGACAUGGAUCCGUGACUAGCCCCCAGACCCAGCGUGGUUACACCGCCUUUGUGCACACCAAGAUCUCCCGAGUCAUCGGCGCGUCCGGCAUCCACACCGGCACCAUGAGCUUCGGCAAGAUGGAGGGCGAUGCCUCCGACAAGAACAUUGCCUUCAUGCUGCAGGACGAUGCGGCCGAUGGCCCGUACUAUCACCAGCCGUGGGAAGGCAUGAAGCAGACGACCCCCAUCAUCUCUGGCGGCAUGAACGCGCUCCGCUUGCCGGCCUUCUUCGAGAACUUGGGCCACUCCAACGUGAUCCUCACCGCCGGUGGCGGCUCUUUCGGACACAAGGAUGGCCCCAAGCCCGGUGCCGUCUCGUGCCGCCAGGGCGAGGAGGCCUGGAAGGCCUGGAAGGCAGGCCAGUACGGCAACAUCAGCUUGAGUGACGGCGUCAUUGAGUUCGCGAAGACGCACGAGGAGAUCAAGGGUGCCUUCCUGACCUUCCAGAAGGACGCCGACCAGAUCUACCCGGGAUGGAAGGAGAAGCUGGGCUACACGGGCGAGUCCUCGGUGCAGGCGGCCAGCUUCGACUGGGCCAAGAAGGCAUCUGCCGCGGCCUUCGUGGGCUGCAGUGCCCCAGAGCGCACGGUCCAGGUCGCCCGGGCGGUCACUCCGUACGAGUUGCAGGAGAACGUCUAUGCCGACCUGGAGUUCACCAACGACGUCGGCUACCUGCCUGAUGGCACUCCCAUGAACCGGGCAGGCAACGCCAUCAACCACCCGGAGACCAUCGGCCCUGACAGUCACGCUCCGGGCUCCCCUCUGCCACGCGCUCACUUCGUGAACUCUGUGGGUUACCUGCCCGAUGGCACUCCUCUGAAUGCAGCCGGCAACGCCAUCAACCACCCGGAGACCAUGCAGCCGGACUCUCACACCCCCGGUUCUCCUCUGCCAGCAUCCGCGUAUGCAGCUGACAUCGGCUACCUGGUGGAUGGCACUCCGAUGGAGACAGCUGGCAACAACUCUGUGAGGGGUGGUGCUGCGCCCGCAGCUGCCCCUGCACAGGCGCCCGUGGUUGCGGCGGCCGCCUUUGUCGGCUCCUCGGCAGCGACCCCCUCCAAGGUCAGGCACGCUGGAAACUUCGCCUACUCCUUCCAGAAGGACUCCUGGGCCGACCUGGAGUUCAGCAACGACAUCGGCUACCUGCCGGACGGCACGCCCAUGAACAAGGCCGGGAAUGCGAUCAACCACCCGGAGAACAUUCAGCCGGACAGCCAUGCUCCGGGAUCUCCCUUGCCUUCGGCCAUCUUCGUGAACGACGUCGGCUACCUGCCAGACGGCACCCCGCUCAACAAGGCCGGCAACGCCAUCAACCACCCCGAGAACAUCCAGCCGGACCUUCACACUCCCGGUUCGCCGCUGCCUGCCUCCGUCUACGCGCAGGACGUGGGCUACCUUGUGGACGGCACGCCCAUGAGCAGUGCUGGCAACCUUUCUGUGCAGCAGUGA